CAUCAAACAAGCUUCCCAAUGUGCUGCGCACGAUUGGGGGUAGGUAAAUUAUGCCAUCCCUCUCCUCCUUCAGUUUGCCGAUUCGCUUCAUUCGCUUCAAUCGUGUCUAUUCUACGACUCUGAGAUCCUUUAGCAAGCUUCCUUCUCGCACAAUGGACUACAACUCGAUCCUCCAAGGCAAAUACCCGGCCAAGCAACACGUCAAGCGCGUCGUUGACUACAUCCGGUCGAAAGUCCCCGAUGCCUCCGGCGUGUUGUACCUUGAGGGUCGCAUGACGAAGUUGCUGGAGGACAAUGACGAGCCUGAACACUUCCGCCAGCGGCGAUUCUUCUACUACCUCACGGGCGUCCCCCUUGCCGACUGCCAUCUGAUUCACGAAAUCGAGACAGCCAAGUCAACCCUCUUCAUUCCUCCUGUCGACCCGGAGACCGUGAUCUGGUCCGGCCUCCCGCUCUCGGCCGAGGAGGCCAAGGAGAAGUUCGACGUCGACGAGGUAAAGUACACGACCGAGGUGAACGCCACGCUCGCGCACGUGGGCGCCUCGCUAUCGUCCGCUUCCUCCGGGCACAAGAGCAAGGUGUUCGCCAUCGCGGACCAGGUGUCCGACCACGUCACAUUCCUCGAGUUCGACGACAAGGACUUCAAGGUGCUGAAGGAGGCGAUCGAGACCUGCCGGGUGGUCAAGGACGAGUACGAGCUCGCGCUCAUGGCCAAGGCCAGCGCCAUCAGCAGCGGGGCGCACCAGGCGGCCAUGGAGCAGGUCCGCCGGGUCGGCAACGAGACGGAGCUCGAGGCUGUCGUACUGGCGGCGUUCGUCGCGGCGGGGGCCAAGGAGCAGGCAUACCACUCCAUCGUGGCCAGCGGCCGCGCCGCCGCGACGCUGCACUACGUCGCCAACGACGCGCCCCUGGCAGGAAAGCUCAACCUGCUCCUGGACGCCGGCGCCGAGUGGAACUGCUACGCCGCCGACAUCACCCGCACGUUCCCCGUGUCGGGCAAGUUCAGCCCCGAGUCGCGCGGCGUGUAUGACGUGGUGCUGCGCAUGCAGAGCGAGUGCAUCGCCGCGCUGAAGGACGGCGUCCUGUGGGACGACGUCCACCUGCUGGCGCACAAGGUCGCCAUCGACGGCUUGCUCGCGCUGGGGAUCCUCAAGGGGGACAAGGAGGAGAUCCUCCGGAGCAGGACCAGCGUCGCCUUCUUCCCGCACGGCCUGGGCCACUACCUCGGCAUGGAUACGCACGACACGGGCGGGAACCCCAACUAUGCCGAUACGGACCCCAUGUUCAGGUACCUCCGUGUGAGGGGGGCGCUGCCUGCUGGGAGCGUCAUUACCGUUGAGCCUGGUAUCUACUUCUGCAACUUCAUCAUCGAGCCGUACCUGAAGGAUCCGGUGCACUCCAAGUACAUCGACGCCGAGGUGCUGGAGAAAUACUGGGAUGUCGGCGGAGUUCGAAUUGAGGAUAAUCUUGUCAUCACCAAGGACGGGUCUAUAAAUCUGACAACGGUGGUCAAGGAUCCGGACGAGAUCGAGAAGAUAAUUACGUCUGCCUGAGGGAAUCCAUGGGCAACGGAUCUGUAACGAUGGCAAGGCUUGAAUUAGCCGCGUGUGGGGGAAUAGUUGUCUUGUGAAACCGUAGAAGGGAAUUACCCCCAGCCCUUGCUACCACGGGAGACGGAUAUCUGUUCAUGUAAACCAGACUAUCGUCCUCUAAGUAGGGAUGGAAAGAAUUUGACAUGUUACCUCCUCUAGCUACCUUUCCGGAGGUCCGUCCUCUAUCAUAUAAAUCACAGGCCGUUAAUGAGCUAAACAGACGGUUAGAUACUUGGACAAGUCGAACUUUAUUUUGUUUUGAUUAUCUUCCAG